AUGGAAAGUAAAAGUAAUCACGAAAGUAAAUCUAAAAAUAGACCACACGUUGAACAUAAUUAUUUUUAUACCUAACAAACUUUAUGUCAGCCACAUGCGAUAUAUGUCAAACAACAUGUAUUCUUCUUUAAAAGAAAAAUCAACUGCUUCCAACCCUAAAAAAGCAAUUUUUUUUUCUGCAUUUUUGUUUUCACAAGUUGGUAUUUGUGUAUGGAUUUAUCAAGUGCAAUUGCGUUCUUACAUUGCAAAUGAAAAUUUGUCAGAAUUAAAAAAUGCUAUACAACUUUUGCAAAAUAAUCUGAAUCGUAAUAAGGUCAAUGAAAUCAUUGUGUUAGGUCCAAAAAAUGAGAGUUUGUCAACCUUAACUCAGAGUCCUUACUCAAGCUUAGUUCCAAUAAAGUACGAUAUUGAUGGUACAUUUUUUAUUUGGAAGAUAUUAAAAAAAUCUGGAAUGAUAUCAUUACAAAACGAUUCGUAUUUAAUAAUUCAUGUUGAUGGAUUUUAUCAAAUAAAUGCUCAGAUGCAGCUUGAUUAUAGACGAAAAGUGAGUUUAACCAGCUUUCAUCUUCGUAAAAAUGAUGAAGUCAUAGCAUCAACAAGAUGGAGUUCUAGUUCUGAUACAGGAGGAAUUAAUAUACUUAUAUAUGCAAAAAAUGGUGAUCGUUUAUCACUUUACUCUCCUUGGAUGAACGCUCAAUGGUUCAUUUCAAACAAAGUGACAUUUUUCUCUGCUCAUUAUUUAGGAUCUCUCUGAUUUAUAUUAUUUACCACGUGUUUCAUACGAUUUUCACAAUAUGAUUUAUAAUAUAAUAA